CGUUGUGUAAACACGGAAGUGUUCUCCGUGAGUCUGAAGCAAAGCAGACUUAUAGGACAGGGACACAACACAGCUUUUACUGAAGCACUGCUGGUUACUUACAGCAAGAACAUGGGAGCUCUUUGUGUCUGGUUGCUUCUUGUCACCCCACUGAUUAUUUCAGCCAUGCCCCUGAAUCUAGAAGGCAAUCCCAAACAGGAAGGAGCCACAGGGCAGUUCUGGCACAUUUCUGACCUACAUUUGGACUUUUCUUAUCACAUCACUGAAGAUCAUAGGAACGUUUGCUUAUCUUCAAAGGGUGCCAAAGCUUCAAGUCCUGGAAUAUUUGGAGAUUUCUUGUGUGACUCCCCGUAUCAACUAAUUUUAUCUGCAAUUCAGUACAUAAAAGAUUCUCAUCAAAAAGUGGAUUUUAUGAUAUGGACUGGUGACAGCCCGCCUCAUCUUCGAGUGAAUGAACUGUCCACAAAAAUUGUGAUAGAUGUAAUUCGCAACAUGACUUCCACCAUUCGCAGCCUUUUACCUGAUCUUCUUGUAUUUCCUGCUCUUGGAAACCAUGACUACUGGCCCCAGGAUCAGCUUCCUGUGAAGGAGAAUGAGGUUUACACAGCAGUAGCAGAAUUCUGGAAACCAUGGUUAACAGAAGAAGCUCUUAGCACUUUCCGUAAAGGGGGUUAUUAUUCCCAGAUUUUCAAAUCAAACAGAUCUACUUACACUCUACGGAUUGUCAGUUUAAAUACCAAUCUUUAUUAUAGCCCUAACAAGGUGACAGUGAACAUGACAGACCCAGCAAACCAAUUUGAAUGGCUGGAGGACACUUUAAAAAUCUCUCGCCAAAACAAUGAAAAGGUAUACAUAAUUGCACAUGUUCCAGUAGGAUAUCUGCCUUUUGCAAGACUCACCCCUGCUAUGAGGGAAACAUUUAAUCUAAGGCUGGUAAAAAUAUUCCGUAAUUAUAGUGAUGUGAUAACUGCACAAUUUUAUGGCCACACACACCGUGACAGCAUCAUGGUACUUUUAGAUGAAAAAGAAAACCCAGUUGGAUCUGUGUUUGUUACACCAGCCGUUACACCAAUUAGGUCUGUAUUGGAGACAGAUUCCAAUAAUCCAGGAUUUCGGUUAUAUCAGUAUGAUACCAUGAACCACCACUUACUUGAUCUCUGGCAUUAUUACUUAAAUCUAACUGAAGCAAACUUAAAGAAUGAGUCUUCAUGGGAUCUGGAAUAUAUUAUGACUAAAACAUACCAAAUAAAGGAUCUGCAACCAGAAAGUUUGGGAGACCUUGUAAAAAGAUUCCAGCAGCCAGGAAGCAUCGAAUUUCUAAAUUAUUACAAGAACUACUUGGUGAGCUUUGACUCUAGAGUUGGCUGUGAUCCCCUGUGCAAGAUACAGCAAAUAUGUGCCAUUCAGUAUUUGGAUAAGGACUCCUAUACAAAAUGCAUCACUGGGAGUAAGGGAGUCAAAUAGAUAUAGUAAUAGAAAAGUACAUGUUGCUCUUGUAAGUAUCUCAUUAUUUUUCUGUCUGCCCCAAAUCGAUGAUUAAAUAAUGCAUUAAUUAAGGAAUCAUAAACAGGGUCACCCUAGUCCUAACUUCUUUACUAUGACUACUCCCAAAAACCCCUGGAAUGAAAACCCUCUUAAAGGGAUACUGUCAUGGGAAAAAAAUUUUUUUCCAAAAUGCAU